GGAUCACGGGGUACAACGUCUACCUCGAGCUAUCUUAUAUAUGUCUAGUCAUCUACUUCUCCUAUUUCUCUAAUCGAGUAAACUGCGACAGAUACUACUUUUGGCCCACCACUCCAAGUCCUUUAGAGGAAGCCAGAGCGCGGAAUACGCCAACUUCCCUACUACCACUAGUAUAUUACCAGGAUGUUCCAGGGAAUACCAGGGCCACAGCAGGUGCUAACCGCCUUGACAGGGUCCCUGGGACUCUCAAGUCUCCUUGGACCCGAAAUUGAAUCCUCACAGAGCAGAUUUCAGCACUGCUCUAAGGCUGAGCUGAGCUGCAAGACUCCGUAUCAUGGCCAAGACAGAUGCUGCUUCAACUAUCCCGGGGGCCAGUUCCUUCAAUCGCAGUUUUGGGAUGCCGACCCGGCUAUUGGACCUGAGGAUUCCUGGACUAUCCAUGGAUUAUGGCCUGAUUACUGUAAUGGAGGUUUCCCUCAAUACUGCGACUCAAAAAGGCGGUAUAGCAACAUCUCCCUGAUCCUGACUGACUCAGGUAGGGGGGACCUUUUGGAUGAGAUGCGUACCUUUUGGAAAGACUGGAAGGGAGACGACCCAAACCUAUGGGAGCAUGAGUGGAACAAGCACGGAACCUGCAUUAGUACCCUAGAGACUCACUGCUACGACAUAUACUACCCGCAACAGGAUGUGGUGGACUACUUUGACAAGACAGUGGAGCUCUUUCACGGAUUGCCUACACACGAGAUCCUUGCCGGUGCUGGGAUUGUCCCAUCUUACACGGAGACCUACUCCCUGAGUGAGAUCCAUGAUGCUCUAGUGAAGGCGCAUGGGGCCGAAGUUGUCGUUAGAUGUCGCCACCAUAACCUGAACGAGGCUUGGUAUUUCUUCAAUGUCGCUGGGCCUUUGCAAACGGGCAAAUUCCUUCCCGCCAACCCAGAUGGCCAAACAUCCAACUGCCCUUCCAAGGGUAUCCGGUAUCAGCCAAAGACACCUCGAAAAGAUGAACCAACCAAAACACGAGGACCCUCGGAGCCAACAAGUACCGGUACACCAAGGUCGAAACGAGGGAACCUGAUCGUCUCAACACAAGGCCAACAAAGGGGUUGUAUAAUCAGCCGCGGAACCUGGUUCACAUCAGGGACCUGCGCAACGUUCCGGAUCGAAAAGGUUUCUGAUGAGACUUUCACAUUGCAGUCCAGUAAGGGCAAGUGUUCGUUUGCAAAAGAUACGUUCAGCUGCGGUCCUAGGAUCAAGAACCCAGUUGAGUUCAGUAUUCAAGAUGGCAAGCUCUCUUACCAGGGAAAUACGACCUUCUUCGCGGAUAAGGCACCUAAAGGUCCUACAAAAAGCAAAAUUUAUGUGUCUGAAGAGGGGCAUCCUAUUGAGCUGACGAUUACUUGGAGAGGAAGUCAUUAACGUCUCCUGUUUUCAUGUUUGCGCUCUGCAUUGCGUGAUGUGACCGGACAUUAGUUGUGUUGUACUACUUGGCAUGGUUUAUAGAAUCAUAUAGAUUGAUUACUAAGACAUAGAAGUUUUCAGGUUCACUAUGAUCGAAGUAUUGUUUAUAUGUAAAUUUCC